AUGGCGAGAACUGAGCAGCUUACUCUCCAGUCGAUUUCCAAGCUUGCCUCCCUCAACGGUGUGUAUAUGCUCGGAUAUGCAUGGGUAUUUGGUACAGCCGUCUGGGUGACAUUCUUCGGGGGCGUUAUUGCAUACAGGGCCCUCCCGCGUCAACAAUUUGGCGCCCUCCAGCACAGAGUCUUCCCGGUUUAUUUCGUUCAGUCUAUUCUCUUGAGCUCUACCUUGCUCGGCAUUUGGGUUUUCACUCAUCCCGACGUCACCACCCACAUCUCCAAUCCGUUGAUUGCAGACGUGGCUCAGGUUUACGCUUUGGGCUCCGCUAUAUUGGCUCAGGGUGCUAACUAUUUCGUUAUCGGGCCGAUGACUAGCAGGACGAUGUUCCAAAGGCACAAGCUUGAGAAGGAAGAGGGAAAAGCUUAUACAGAUCCUGGGGCGUCUCCAGAAAUGAAGACUCUCACCCGGAAAUUCGCCUCGCUUCAUGGCGUCAGCUCAUUGGCAAAUCUGUGGUCUGUGAUUGCCCUCGGUUUUCAUGGACUCUGGAUUGGGAAUGCAGGUAUCAGAGGCUACUGA